AAAUUGUCAAAUCACUUUGAAAACCAAACAAAUCAUCAUGAAAUUCCUUCGUUGCACAACUUUACUAGAUCUAAAACAGAUAUCUUACACUUUGUAACUUUAACGUGACAUUCUUAUACUUACUGUGUCGUUAAUGGGAACGUCCACUCAACUGUGUGCAACUAUUAUUCACUUUCACUCGAUUGGCAAGUUCAACAGUUUCGCAGCGUGGUAUGGAAAUAUUUCAGCAAAGGUUUUGAGAACAGUUUUCACUUUUUGAACGUGCCAUUAAGUGUCGAUGGAGGAUACUAUAAAUUCAUCAUGAUUCUUUCCGAUUGGGAUCAGUCGCGCUAAGAGAGUAAAAUAGUCAAAAUGGCUUUAGUGGUACAGCGGGUGUUUGAUGAGUACCAUCAGUACAUGAAAGAACACCGAGGUAAGGUGGCUUUAAUGAUGUUGAGAUCCAAAUUUUACUUGAAAUUUGAAAAUUUCUUAGAUACCAGGAGCGCGAGUUUACCUCUAACCAACGAGCCAUGGCCGGUGAUGAUUCUGAUUGCAAUCUACCUGUUCGUUGUCCUCAAGGCUGGUCCAGAGUACAUGGCAAAUCGCAAACCGUUCGAUCUCAAAAAUGUGAUUCGAGUGUACAACGUCUUGCAAGUGAUCGCCAACGGAGCGUUCUUCGUAACUAUAAUGUACCUGUUGCUGCAGCGACAAAACUUCUCCUUGGUUUGUCAACCCGUAGAUUACAGCACCACCAGGGAAGGUUUUCAGGAGCUGUACCUAUCCUAUGGCUAUUUUCUGCUCAAGGUUCUGGAUCUUGCCGAUACAGUAUUUUUUGUGCUUCGAAAAAAGCAAUCUCACGUGUCCUUCCUGCACGUGUACCACCACGCCGUAAUGGUACUGAUGACGUAUUUAGCUGUGGUGUUUGUUCCUGGGGGUCAUGUGUUCAUGCUGGGCGUGUGGAAUUCGUUGGUUCACGCCGUCAUGUACUUUUACUACUUUUUGGCAUCCUACCAGAGCCAGGACACCAUCUGGUGGAAGAAAUAUCUGACCCGGCUGCAGCUGGUUCAGUUCGUCCAUCUGGGCUUUCACUUUGGCAGGCCUGCCCUUUCCGGAAUGGACUGUGGCUUUCCGAGGAUUUGGCACUGGGUUGGCUUCGGACAAGCCAUCUUCAUUUGCAGCAUGUUUCUGGACUUUUACGUGAAAGCUUACGUGGCGAAGAACCGCAAGGGGAGCUCAAAAAGCACGAAAAUGAGGUAGGGGGUCAUGCUAAAGCGAGCCAGUAAACUAAUUGUAGAGCGCAAGUUUUAAUGUGUAUGUAAAUAAAAGGAACGUAAGUGUAACGUAUUUGUUGA